GGGAGGGGGCGUUCACUGUCACAUUCAUGUGUUACAUAAAAGGUGAUCAGCUUGGACUUGAGCCGUGUCUGUGCUGCUCUGAGCGGCUUUUGGAGCACUGAGCAUCAGAAAAGGAGCAUACAACAGACUUAUUCAUCCGAAGGACUGGCAGGCUGCACAGAAAGAUGGCUGCUUCCCUGCUGAGGAUAGGACGGCUGGGCUGUGUCAAGUGUUUGCAGGCUGAGAGCUGGAGAUCUCUGAGCAGAGCGCCUGCAGCUGUAGCCUUCAGUGCAAAGUCAGGAGGAUCCAAGAAAUCACUGAAAAAAAACAACUCAGACAAAAACCAGGCUAAAACGUACUUCGAUAUAGAGAAACUUGUCCAGCACAAGCCAUUUGAGGUUCCCAAGAAAGAAGUUAGUCCAGCAACAGCUGCAGCAGCAGCUGCAGCUGCAGCUAAACCAGCCUCAGAGCCUGUGCCCUCUGCUGCUGCACCUGAAGCUGCUGCCCCAGCGGUAGAAGCUGCUGCUCCAGUGGUUGAGGCCGCUCCGCCUGCUGAAGCUGUCUCUGACCCAGGCUCAGCAGCAGAAACUGCACCAAUCACUGAAGCUGCCGCUGAAGUUGAAGCUGCCAGUGAAGCUGCACCUAUUGUUGAAGCUGUGGCUGAAGCCGUCACUGAAGCCAUACCAGUGGUUCAGGCUGUUGCUGAAGCAGUUGUUGAAGCUGUACCAGUGGCUGAAGCUGUUGUAGAAGCUGCUGCAUCGAUAGCUGAAGCUGCUACUGUUCCACCAGCUGGAGAUCCUGCUGCCCCUGCCACGGAAACUGUAGCUCCCAUUGCAGAAGCUCCUGUUGAAGCUGCUGCAGCCGAAGCCGUUGCUGUUGCAGCAGAAUCAGCCCCUGAACCUGCUCCAGUAGACCCUCCUGUCGAAGUGGCUUCUGAAGGCACACCUGCAGAGACCACAUCUGCUGCUGAAGUUCCUCUGGAAGCUGCUCCUGAAGCCCCUCCUGUGCCAGUUGCUGAAGUGGCCCCAGAGCCUGUGGCUGAAGCUGCUCCUGUAGAAGUGGUCCCAGAGCCUGUGGCUGAAGCUGCCCCUGUAGAAGUGACCCCAGAGCCUGUGGCUGAAGCUGCCCCUGUAGAAGUGGCCCCAGAGCCUGUGGCUGAAGCUGCCCCUGUAGAAGUGGCCCCAGAGCCUGUGGCUGAAGCUGCCCCUGUAGAAGUGGCCCCAGAGCCUGUGGCUGAAACUGCCCCUGUAGACGUGGCCCCAGAGCCUGUGGCUGAAGCUGCUCCUGCUGAAGUGGUCCCAGAGCCUGUGGCUGAAGCUGCUCCUGCUGAAGUGGUCCCAGAGCCUGUGGUUGAAACUGCCCCUGCUGAAGUGGUCCCAGAGCCUGUAGCUGAAGCCGCCCCUGUAGAAGUGGCCCCAGAGCCUGUGGCUGAAGCUGCUCCUGCUGAAGUGGUCCCAGAGCCUGUGGCUGAAACUGCCCCUGCUGAAGUAGCUGCUGAGACUGCAGCUGAAGUUUCAGCCCCUACGGUGAGCGCUGAGGAGCUGGUGGACCCUGCUCCAGUCGUAGCUGAAGCUGCAGGAGAGGAGCUGCAGGCGGAGGCCCCACCUGAACCAUCUGAGGCUCAUAUAGACCCUGUUCAGAAGCUCUUCCUGGACUCUAUACGCGAGUACUCCACAAAAAGCCAGGCUACUGGGGGGCUAGUCGAUGCGGGGUCAGAGUAUGAGAAGGCUUUGGCAGAGGAGAUAGCAAAGCUCCAGAGACUCUAUGGUGGCGGAGACCUCACAUCUUUCCCAGAGUUCAAAUUCACAGAGCCCCAGUUGGAUGAAGUUUCUCAGAAGUGAACAUCAGGACUUGACAACGAAUCUUUUCUACUGUCGCCUUUUUCGUACAUCUGUGCUCCGUAGUGGAACGUUAAUAGUCUGCUUACUGUCUGUUACAGCAAACCCUUGUGUCUAGCUUUGUAUUUGACAAUAGAGCUGUUUCGGUAGCUAGAUAUUUGAUGGGAAUGGAAGCUGAAGAAUCAGAUGUACACUGAUGGCACUUGGAAGACUAGGUGAACUUAGAGCUGUGAAUAUAAGCUUUGUGCAGACUGGUCCAUGGCUGAACUGAGUGUGGAAAAACCCCCCAAUAAAUUCAUAGUCCAUAUUUGUGGUAUGAAUGCGUCUUUCUGUCAGUGAAAAUGUUGUUUUAUGUUGAAUAUCAACCCAUAUUUCACCUAAUUUAAAAACACAGAAAAGAA